GCGGCUGCGGCGGCGGCACCCGGCUUCCUUGGGGCCCCCGGGGGCCGGGGUCAUGGAUCCCGGCGUGACCCUGCUGCUGCCCAAGGACCAGAAGCACUUCCUGGCGCUGUCCCGGCGGCGGCACGCGGAGCUGCUGCGCCAGGCCCGGAUCUUCAACGCCCGGGCCAGGCUCAUCGGGGGAGACCCAGCUGCGUGGGACAUUCAGGUUCGAGACCAGAAGAUUCGAGAGGCGACUGAGAAGGCUAGAGAUGAAAUCUUCGCCGCAGAGAUGAAGCACAACGACAAGAUCCUGUGCAUGUUAGAAAACCGGGAGAAGACAGACAAGAAGAACGUCUGCCAAGCCAUCUGCAAGUUCCGGCAGAACUGCCAGCGCCCCGAAACGCGCCGCGAGUUUGACCUCUCGGACCCCCGGGCCCUCCAGAAAGAGCCGCCCGCCCGGCUGUCGGAUCACGACCCCCGCAACACCGCCUCGGGCAUGCAGAAGUUCAUGGGCGAGGACCUCAACUCCCACGCCAGGAAGAAGUUCCAGGAGGAGCAGAACCGGGAGUGGCUCCUGCAGCAGCAACGGGAAGGACGCGACGCGCGGGCCUUGCGGAAGCGCGCAGAGGACCGCUACGCGCAGACCCAGCUGCAGUUUGAGGCCACCGCCAGGCUCCUGGACGAGCAGGAGAGGGCCACCAGUAGGGCCAUCUGCAUGGCGGUGAAGGAGUUCAACAAGAGCCAGGUGGCUGAGCUGGCGAGCAGGAGGGCCCGGGAGAAGCGGCAGGAGGAGGAGGACAACGCGGCCGAGAUUUGCCACCUGCUGAACUGGGACCUGCUGACCGAGAACCCGCUGCAGGCGGCCACCACCGGGGGCCGGCGCCGGCUGCUGCUGAACCGCUGGAAGGGCAUGAGCGCCCCGGAGCGCGCGCAUGUGCGCGACCUGCAGCAGCUGCAGAUCCAGGAGAAGCUGAGGCUGCAGGAGGAGGAGCGCCAGCGCGCGCGCGCCUGGGACCGGCUGCGGGUGCAGGAGGCGCGAGACGCGCUGCUGGAGCAGCGGCAGCAGGAGCGGCGGCAGCGGGAGGCGCGCCGGGCGCUGGACUGCAGCAACCGGGGCCUGGCCGAGGAGCACCAGCGCCGGGAAAAGGCCAUGAAGGAGGCUUCCACGAACCUCCACAGCCAAGACUACUUCUCGCAGUUCAAUACACGGAGCCGAUAAGAGGCCGUGCCUCCUUCCACCCCCGUCACCCACGUGUGCGACCGGUGGCGGCUUGGGAAUGCCACACUGCGUCCACACUCGUGCACGCACACAGACAUACACAUAGAAACGAACGCACACAGACACAGUCACACGCACACAGAGACUCACGGAUACACAAACACACAGACACACAGUCACACAUAGGCAGAGACACAGUCACACACAGACACAGAGACACACGCAAAGACACAGAUGCACAGAAAUACAGACACUGACACUCAAAGACACACAGAGACAGACACACACAGAGGCACAUACAGACAUAGUCACAGAGGUGUAGACACACAUGGGGACACAGUCACACACACACAGACACACACACACACACACACACACAUCCUUGUGCCAGGGUGUCGGGUUUGGUUUCCCACUGUGGACAUGACCUCCUGAACCCCACCCACACUCCUGGGCCUGCAGCCCUGCCCGUGGUGAGCGUCCGACUCAAAUUUGCGUCACCCUGAGACUAGCGGGGAAGGGGGGUGUCCCACCGCCUUCGUGCCUGCACUUGCUCGGCGCCCUCUGCUGGCAAGGGCAGCACAUGACACCCACCAGCUGCCGCAGGGAAAGGAAGCCCACGUGGAAAGUGCCCCCUGCGACCCAGGUGCUGGACAAGACCCGGGCGCCAGCUGUGGCCUCACUGGGAUGUUGUGGUCACCGUCUGACAAGAGAAUCUAGGUGUUCCAGCCCCCAAGUCCCCAGGAGGCAGAACCAGGGGUCAGCGCGGGGCCUAGUCUCUCUCCUCUGAAGGCCCUUAGAGCUUUAUGUGCACACACACUUGCAUACAUACACAUACAUGCUCACACGCACACACGCAUGUACACAUACCCACAUGCAUACGUAUACACAUACACAUGCACAUACGUACAUACAUGCACACACAUGCACACACGCAUGCGCACACACACACUCUCCAGUAGGUUUUGUUGUGUUCUCUUUUGCAUCGCUCCAUUAUUUUAUCACGAGAGUCAGACUCAGAGGAGCAGAAGGCCCUGUGCGUCCGCCGCCGUGCCUGCAGCCAGGCCUGGCUGUCCGUGGCCCCCUUUUCUCUCUCCCUGCACGGGAGGUUUCCCGGUCCCAGCUGUCUGCUGCUUGUCAGAGACAC